UCAGUUACAAACCAACAAAGAAGAAGAACAACACGAUGUCGGUGCCGAAGUAGAAGAAGAAGAACCCGCAAACAGUCGCGUUGUACUGUGGGUUAAAUUUGAAACUUAUUUUAAAAGUUUAUUAUUUUCUAAAAUCUCAUCCAAAAUGGACGAGGAACACACGUCCGGCUUCAGAGAAGCCUGCGGCCAGUGUUCGGCCGUGGACUGGGGCGUCUCCGACGAGGGACGCUUCUACUGCCGGUCCUGCCACAACGUCAUCGAGAGGACCAAGGAGGUUGUGGACCCGACCGUCUUUCACGGGUCCAACAGGAUCUCCACCGUGGUGCGAGGGGCGCGGCUCCAGGCGGCGGAACCGGGCCUGGUGUGGACCCAGUGUGAAGGUUUCCAGUGGAUCCUCAGGAACCAGGCCGACGCCCUCCUCAGGCUGGGAGUCCACGCCCACUUCAAGGACGCCGUGCUGUGUCCCCUGUGGAGACGCUACCUGCAGACGAGCCAGCAGGCCUACACCUGGACCGCGGGGACGAGGUCCGCGGGGACGAGGACCGCGUCCAGAGCCAGGGACGAGGACUCGGACGUGGACAGCGAGUCCCUGGUGUCCGGUCCCAUCUCAGAGAGCUGCAGUGAUUGGUCGGAGUCCGGGGACGCCAGCAGUCAGCUGACCCCCCGGGAGAGGAGGGGCCGUGGGAGGGGGCGGGGCCUGAUGACCAUGAGGAAGACCCUGGCUCUGAUCCACCUGGCCCUGGUCUGGAGCCGCGAGGCGCUGACGCUCAGCGACCUGCUCAGGCUGGUGAGGGGAGGCCACGUCCCGUACAUCAACGCCUACCAGCAGUUUCCUGAAGAGAUGAAGCUGAUCAAUAAAGACGCUCUGGUCUUCAGAGUGGAGUCCGUCCCCUCUCACCGUGCGGUCCACAGGGACGCCCAGUCUCUGGCCGUCUCCAUGCAGCUUCCUGCUUUUCCUCCAAUCAGCCGCCGGUCUCUGAUCCACCCGGAGCUGCUGAGCCUGCGCUACCUCACCGAGGCCAACCUGCCAGACCAGCUCCACCCCUGGUUCUGCCUCCUGCUGGACCGCACUGGUUUGGCGGAUGAAGCGUUCCUCACGUUUGAUCCUGGUUCUCGUCCCGUUCUGCCCCAGUACGAGGUCCAGACCGCCGCCGUCGUCGUGGUCACCAUGAAGCUGCUGUUUGGCCUGGACGACCAGUCAGAGUGGAAUUUAUCCAAUGAAGCUGGUUCCCAUGACGACUCAGGUCACAUGUUCAGCCUGAGGAGGUGGUACCGGCUGCUGCAGGCCGCUCUGGCUGGAGCUCAGCAGAGGACGCGCCGGGACGUCGCCAGGAGACAGUGGACGGCCCAGAAACCCAUCGUCCUCCGGAAGGGGGACAAGUGUUGGAUCAUGAAGAAGAAAAGGAUCGCGGCCCAGGUCCAGACCUGUUUUGAGAGACUGUCCUCGUGUCCCGUGGACAUCCAGGACGCCGGCCCGUCCAGCUUCAUUUUCCGCUGGGGGGACGAGGACGGAGCGGACGGUCCCAGUCUCCACCACAUGAAGCUGGACGGAGUCGUCUCCCGAGACCGAGACGUCCUGGUUCCGUCCAACUCCUCCUACUGGCACCGGGCGCUGCGUCCCUGCAAGGAGCGGUCGUGUGGGAGUCAUUAUAAGGAGGAGGAGGCGUCGCUCCCUCACUCCUUCGUCUGGCUUCUGCAGCUUUUCUCCUUCCUCCUGGACGUGAAGCCGUCCUGUCUCUAUGAGGAGGUGCUGGGGGUGGAGAGACGUCUCCUCGGCUGUGGGACGUUCGGGGACACGGCCCUGAAGAGGAGGAGGACGACGGAGACGGAGACGAAGACGAAGAGGACGAGACGAGAACUUUGUCCUCAGACAGAAAGUGAAUCAGAUGAAUAAUUAAAGAUGUAAAACUUUAU